AUGUCAAAGUCUGAUUCCAAUCCAUACUGGAGAUAUUAUCGAUGUGCAUUUGCCAUUGAGAAAAAGCUUUCUAAUGAUAGCCACAUUUUCAAGUGGGUCGAUGAAGCUUUGUUGAGUGAGAUUGAGGCGUUGACAUUAAGAACUGAAAAACUUGAGCAAGUUGUGGCAGAUAUUACAAAUGGGACAAUGGAGGUGGCUAAGAAAAUGUUUGAGGAGCUGCAAAUGAAGCUAGAGGAAGAAAGCGAUCAAAGAGUGGAAGAAGCUGUAGCUGAAGCUAAUUACGAGAUGAAGGAAAUGAUGAUAAUUAUCUGUUUUGGAUGCAUGAUUGUUGUUGGGUGUACCAAGCUUGUAGGUUGA